AUGUUUGACCCUCUUAGCUCUACUAGCUCCAUUUUUGCCAAUGGAAGUACCGACACGUCACCGCCAUGGCCAACAACACCGCACGAGCCAAAUUCUCCAAUACCCCACUUGCGUCGCGCUUCCCCGUCUUCACCGUCACCAGUGAGUGUCCAGAAAGCAGAGACAGACGGGCUAUACGGUAGAGAACCCAAAAUUUACGGUCAGCCUGAACCUGGCCUUGUCUCUCCGCAGACGACAGUAGGCUCAAAUGGCACAAAAUACGAGAAGAUGGAGCCGUAUCUACGUGUGCGAAUCACUGGAAUGGACAGGAAUAGGCGGGAUAUACUCUUCAAGCUUGAUGCCCAGACCACACUGUCUAAUUUUACGGGAACUACAUACCGCAAUGUGUCCCGUUCAUACCUCGAGUUUCAGCAGUUUUACGAAGCGCUGAUCAACAAUUGUCCUCAUACCAUCAUCCCUGCACUACCCCUUGCCCAAACCUCGGCGCCUACAGACGAGGAAGAUGAUCGUCUUGUGCGAAUAAUGCUGCAGAGGUGGUUGACGCGGAUAUGCGAAGACCCAAUUGUUAUUCACGACGAGGAACUGCGCUCAUUUAUCGAGAGUGACUUUGGUUAUCAACCAACGCCACGUCCUCGGCGUAAAACGGGUUCAGGGUUUGGGUUGAUACGCCGGGGCGUACCUGACGAAGACGAGGUACUGCAACGUGCACGAUUCGAAUUAACGAAGCUUGAAACGCAAUUUUUCGAUGCUGCUAAAGCUAUCGACAAACUUGCGAUCACACGCAAAUCUUUGGCUGCUGCGCAUGCGGAGAUGGGCAACAAACUCAUUAAUGUUGCUACUACGGAGUCGCAUCCCCCUCUUGGACAUGCGUUACAGAAGCUUGGAAGAGCAUGGCAUACUCUUACGGAUCUGGAUCAAGCGCAGGCGAUUAGUGAAUGUGUCGUCAUCGGGGAUACCCUUGGAUAUCAAGGUCUAAACGCCCGUUCCGCAAAGGAAGCAUUGUUACAACGAGCUGGUGUACUGGAGGAGUAUCAGGCUGCUGUAAAGUCGACGAUAUCUAAGCGAAGGAAUAUAGAGCGGUUGAAGGCAAGUUCGAACAUUAGGCCUGAGCGAGUGGAUGAAGCUCUGGAGGACAUAGAGGAGGCCAAUAAAUACGAGCAAGUGCUUGCUCAACGAGCUAACAACAUAUCCCAAAAUCUUCAUCGUGCAAUGGAUACACACAAGCGUACUGUUGCAGAUGAUAUCACCGCUGCUUUGAUUGAGCACGCUCGCUCGUCAAUCAUGUACGAGAGGCAGCUACUCCGAGAAUUGGAGGCGCUUCGCACAGAUGUCAAUAACGCCAACCAGAAGGUAGCACCUCCAAACCCGAAUGGCAUCCCAAAGCCAUCUGUUAUCUUACCUCUAGAAGACGAUACGCUACCCACGCAUACCAGGGCCACACCUCCUCCACGGGAAACUGGCCCGCCUCUGGGCGGCCGCUUUGUAGACGGGACCCAGUCGAUGUUUGUUAACCCCUCAUCACCAUCACCGUUGGGCCCUCCGGUAGCUGCUUCCGCCUCUUCGCUUUUACCCCAAGGCCCUCUUGGGGGAACUAUUCAUUCUCCUGUUCCAUCCUCUGCCACACAUCCUCUUGCAGGUUUCGCGCAAUCCCCAUUGGCCUCUAACGCUCCUGUUCGCCCCGCAAGCACACAACAGGCAGUAGACCCUCUGGGAAUGUUCGCCCCGACGAACAUGUCACAAUCAGUGCGGGUACACCCAUCGCGACCACGCUUGGAUGCGCGGGUUGCAGCGAGCAAGCUUGCUAAUAUGUUCUAG